AUCACUCUCUCUCUCUGUGCCCUCUUCUAGAUUCUCUUCCGCCACAUAACCUUAUCCUCUCUCUCCCCAAUCAAUCAAUUUCCCUUUCCUAGUCACCUAGCAAUCCGCCAAUGCUGCAAUCGCUUUGCUGAAAACUUCGCGAGCUUUUUUCACCAAUGGCGGCCAUUAUUUCAUGCCACACUCAUUCCUUUUCACGCUUCGAAGCACCUCAGAAGCUUGCCAGCCCUACCUCUCGAUCUAAUUGCAUCAAAUCGACCCCUUCCACUCAUCAAUUCAAGCCUCUGUGCUCGCAAAAAUCCAAUGCAAUUGAAUCAAUCUCUGAACAGUUUGAGCAGAGGGAUUGGUGUUCUUCAAUUAAAAAGGGCGCGAUUUCGAUUGCACUGGCAGUAGGUUUAUUGGGUGGGUUUAGCGAUUUGGGGAGCUUGGAAUCGGCCAAUGCUGCAGCGAUUGCUCCGGCAUUGCCGGAUGUUUCAGUUCUGAUUUCCGGGCCGCCAAUUAAGGACCCUGGUGCUUUACUGAGAUACGCAUUGCCUAUUGAUAACAAAGCGAUAAGGGAGGUGCAGAAGCCUCUGGAAGAUAUAACGGAGAGUUUGAAGAUUGCUGGUGUGAAAGCCCUUGAUUCUGUGGAAAGAAAUGUGAGGCAGGCGUCGAGGGCGCUGAAGGAAGGUAGGACUAUGAUAGUUAAAGGUCUGGCAAAGUCGAAGGUGGAUGAUGGGAUUGCACUGCUUAACAAACUGGAGGCGGGAUUUGAUGAGAUGAUGAAGAUCGUGGAGGACAGGAACCGGGAUGGAGUCGCACCUAAGCAGAAGGAGCUGCUCAAUUAUGUUGGAGGAGUUGAAGAGGAUAUGGUUGAUGGCUUUCCGUAUGAAGUACCGGAAGAGUACAAAAACAUGCCAUUGCUGAAGGGAAGAGCAACUGUAGAUAUGAAGGUCAAGGUCAAGGACAACCCUAACUUGGAGGAAUGUGUGUUUCGUAUAGUUUUGGAUGGUUACAAUGCCCCUGUAACUUCUGGAAAUUUUGUGGAUUUGGUGCAACGACAUUUCUAUGACGGAAUGGAGAUCCAAAGAGCGGACGGCUUUGUAGUCCAAACAGGAGAUCCUGAUGGUCCUGCUGAGGGCUUCAUCGACCCUAGUACAGAAAAAGUCCGCACUAUACCUCUUGAAAUUAUGGUGGUUGGAGAAAAGGCACCCUUCUAUGGAGAAACUCUAGAAGAGCUCGGCCUAUACAAGGCUCAAACAAAGCUUCCAUUCAAUGCAUUUGGAACCAUGGCCAUGGCUCGAGAGGAAUUCGAGGACAAUUCUGCAUCAAGUCAGGUAUUUUGGCUGUUGAAAGAAAGUGAACUAACUCCUAGCAAUGCCAACAUAUUGGACGGUCGAUAUGCAGUGUUCGGCUAUGUAACGCAAAAUGAAGAGCUUUUAGCAGACCUCAAGGUUGGCGAUGUUAUAGAGUCGAUCCAAGUGGUAGCAGGCUUAGAUAAUCUUGUUAACCCGAGCUACAAGAUUGCUAGUUAGGUAAAGCUAGUUUCUGCUAUCAGUUUCAUCUAUCGAAUUUUCUGCCCAAGCGAACGAGACUCAUUCUUUGUAUCAGUUAUGUUGUUAUUACUAUAUCCUUUUGUUGAAAAUCAAAUAAAUUGUGGGAUGCUCUUGAUGUAACACAGCAUAUAUGUUUUCUCGUAUUGUAGCAAAUAAUUGUGUCUGUAAAUUAACUUUCAAGAGUGGUUUCAUUGUAAUUUACGGUUCUGUAAUUCCAUAAA